UAAGACAGAGUGCUGAUUUAACAAUCUAGAUAAAGCUCGUCACUCGUUACUUAUAGGAAAAGAAUGGAGAACAUAGAUGUAUUUAUCAUGGAUCCAACUUUUAUUGACCUCCUAGUGUAUGACCUUUGGUUGCAAGGAUUCUCUGAAAAUGAAGCAGCUCAGAGGAGAAAAUGUGAUGAGAAAUUCAAGAAUUUUGGGGCAUCUCAUGCCAUCAUCACAAGUGACACUCAGGAUCAGUUUCGACUGUUCUACAUGCUGGAACGUUUUCUUCAAUCUCCUCCAAUGCUUGCCAAGCAAAUGUUAUUGCAAAUAUCUCCAGAUGUUCAAGAUAUAUUAAUUGAAAGGUAUUAUCAGUUUGACAAGGAGGUAGUAAGGGAACUCUUAGGAAAAAAACUCACUGGACGUGUGCGCAAAGACUUGGACGAUGUCAGUGAGAAGACAAAUAUCCCCUUGAAGAGUUGUCGCCGACAGGAGCAUAGCACAAUGACCCUGCUAUGUCUUGAAUAUAGACCUGUUAACCAGCAGUCCAGCAUACAAUAUGCUUGUAUCUGCUUCAUGGCUAUCAACAAAAUUGAAACAGGAAAGAAAAGGCUUUCCUACCUUUCAUUUGAUGACCUUGUAUUCUGUGCAGAGCAGAUGUUAGAUCACUGGACAGUUGGAUCAGUAGAAGGCUCCACUGCUGAUGUUGGAGAUACAGGUGCAGAGUUUGACAGAGGUUUCCUACAGGAGUUGAGAGACCUGAAGGUGUUUGUGAAUGAUAAAGAGAUUGUGGAUGAGCACAGAAGCUUGGUUUGCAAUGAUAUAGCCAAGCGGUUUACCAAAAAGUUGGCCAAGUCUGUGGAGAACAAUUUCAAGAAUCUCUGUCGAGGUCUCCUAACUAUUGCCGCUGGUCUUAUCCACAGUAAAGAAGUCAAGGAUGUUUUAAGUGACUUUGUAGAAAAGUUCAUUGAAUCGUGCAAGCAGCAAGAGUGGGAUGCGAAUGAGACGGACAUUUUCCUCGGCUCUUUGGUGGAUACCUGCGGCAAAUUGGAUUCUUUACACAGAAGUAACUUGGAACGCUUGAUUCCAGUGUAUUCACGUUACAUGACCGUCUGCCAGAAGUGCAUCGUGAGAAUGUACCACGACUGAACGAAAAAUUCGACAUCUCAGAAUGCAGCAGGGCAAAAUACGUCCAGCUCCUUCCUACGGCUCAAGGAAACCUGACAUGCAAGCACUUAAAAAUGGAACUGCGAGAACAGAGUGAAGGAGGAAUGAAUUCUGAAUGAAGAGAGGCACAACUGCUGUGCUUAAUGGGAGACAUGUUUCGAUUGAAUAAUAGUCGACUCCCUGUCACAAAUUCAGCCAUUACAGCCAGGAAGAAAUCUUCGGAAUUUUAACCGAAAAACCCGGCAUCCAUAGCAAUUUAUGGUCAUGACGAGGCUCUGAAGAGAUCCGCUCCUGAAUAAGUUGUAGUCAAUUAGAGAAGUGCUUAGAAAGAGGUGCGGUGCCCAGAUGUAGUUCGGGGGCUCAGAUUUUAGUCGUGAUUUCCAACCGCUGACCGGGAAAUAAGCCCAGACUCCUCCCUUGAAAAGAGGGGAUUCUUUUCGAGUGGAUUGAAGAAAAGAAACGGCGAAGAUAGAGCCUAGUGGAAACAGUCGGACUAGACUACGAGAAAGAAGUCCCUCCCUUUUGACGCGGUCUGUCACGCGAGUCCAAAUAAUCAGCGGCAGACUCGCGCGACUGACUUCUCCGAAAAGGGGAGACUGUUGUUAAUCUCAAACCGGACUAAGAGAUCAAGCAAUAAUAAGUGAUCUCUUACCCCGUAUAUUUGUUUAGUUUUGUCUUCAAGUUAGGUUACAAUUUCAAGGACAUGAAGGGAGGACAUGUAUCCUAAUUUUCGAUUUGUCGCUCGCUACCGAAGCCCGCUAUCCCACCGAGUUUAUACUGAGGAGUAAUGAGUUAUAUAUUAAGGAUCACGGCUAACUAAAAAUAAAAUGAUUAGAAGUGAAA